ACAUGACCGGCCAACAUUCAAAAUGGAGUAUUGACAUACUGAACAAAACAAAAACGUUUAUUUUUCAAUUGAACUGACAGUGCAUUGAACGGGCCACAUUGACACCUGUGAACAUGGUGUACAAGAAGUCUGAGUAUGGAAGAAAUUACAAAAUUUCAAGCCUCAUACAGAACAUACCAGUUUAUGAGGAGCACCUCAACUACAGGCACAUUCGACGGGAAAGAGAAUGUGCACAUACUCCUUUUUCCUGGGAUGGAGAGGUAGAGUCAUCGGAUAGUGAUGACAAACUGACACCAGCUGAGGAACAACCAGAAGUUCCUGAGAUUCGUCUUGCAGAUCUUGCCAUAACUGAAGAUGAGGAGGAGGAAUUGCCACAGGAAUCUGAAAAUGAAUCUGAGGAUGAUAUAGCUAAGGAAAAGAGGGAAGCUAAAGAGAAAGAUGUAAGAGCGUCAAAAGCAAAUCUAGGGGCUUGUGAUGUGGAUAUAAUCAGACAGAACAAUGAUCUAAGAAAGUCUGCAAAAGAAAAGUUAAACAAAUAUAUCAGCAAAGUAAACACUGAUGAAAAAAGUGAAAAGAAAAUGACAGAGAAAGUUUUGGGGAAAACCUUUGCAAAGCCCAAGGUCACAGACGAGAAAUGUUUCGUGAAACGCUCAAAGCCACGAAGACCAGACAGAGUGGGUAAGCUGUCCGGAGCCCGUCCCUUGUCUGCCCCAGGAGCAAGACCAAAAUCUGCUCCGCCCCCAGCAACAGCCAAUGAGCGGCCAGUAAGCCAAGCUGGGCCAAGCCAUCCAUUCUACAACUAUGGUGGUGGGGCAGGAAACAGAGUACUAGGAGACAAGAAAACAUUCAAUGUUAGAGCAUCAGCGGCAGUGUAUCCAGCUGCCCUGAGAGCCAAGAAGAGAAAUUUACUUCUUGUUGAACAGCAGCAAGAAAAACAGCGCUCAGCGUCUGCACGAGAAAAGCGUCGCAAGGCUCGAUUUAAUGAAAGAAUGUCGCGACAAACAGCUAUUUGGGAGUCUGAGUACCGAAGAAGUUAUCCAGCUUAUGAGGAUAAUGAAUACGCUACAACGGAGAGAGAUCCACGAAAAAGAAAGAGCCAGUUUACAACAUGAUUUUGAUUUUUAUAUAUUUUAGACUUUCCUCCAACUCCUUGAAGUUAAUAGCAUUUAGUGGCAUAAUUAAGUUAUUGUAUACAUUUUUUUUGCUUUUGUUUUUGUUUUAAAUUGAAAAUGAUGAAUUUAGAAUUUAGAGGCUGAGUUAAUGACAGUUAUUAAACAAGUGUAUUUCCAACCAUGUUGAAUAAAAAAAAUCUCAGACCUUUGUCACGUUAUCAAUAAAAUUCAAACACACUUAAAUAAUGGUCACUGCCCGAUAUGCAUGUGCACUUAAUGCUAUUUCUAAGUGUUACAUGUAUUGUGAAAGUUGUAUAUAUUAUAUGGACACUAGGAUGGAAGGAGAAAGACAUGUUUUUUGCUAGUCUUGGAAGAUCUGUGAUAGGUUGUUUUGUUGUGAAUACUCGAUGUAACAAUGUAGUGUAGUACCUUACUGGAGUGUAUUUGUAAAAUAGUGUCAGUGUUAAGUUCUUUUUUGAUUGAUAUUUCUUCAGGUUAAAACACUGUAAAAUUGUGCUUCAUUCUUGGAUUCUGGACUACCCGGUAUGUUUGCGAAAAAUUAUUCGCACAAUUUCAUUGAUCUACCAAUAAGUUUGCUCUUGCUCAAAGAAAAAAAAGGAAAUUGUAAAGCAUUUUUUGCUAGAAAUUUGUUUUCAUUUCCUAUGAUUUAUUUUCUGCCAUGUAUACAUACACAUCAUUUAUGUUGUUUGAUAUAGAAGAACAUACAUAUUUGGGCAGAUAUUUGAAAUGCUGAAUUUUGACUGGUACAUAAAGAAAAAAAACAAUUGGCUGGUUGUCUUAAAAUUGCUGAACAUUUUGGAGAGAUGUUAAGUACCGGUAAAAAGAAAUCUUCAAGAUUUUUAAAUUGCUGCACAUUUUAAAGAAAUCUUAUGUAAAAAAAAUCUUCAAGAUUUUUAAAUAGGAAAAUAUGUUGCCAGUCAUGUAUUUUCAUAUCCAUAUUUUAUUAAUACCUUUGGAUGCAUUAUUGUUUUAGUUUUUGUACAUUUAAUAUGCAUGGUUUAAUGUUUAUUUGUUCAUUUUAAACUCAGUAAUUCUUUUAAAAUGUUGGGAUAUGUUUAAAUGAUAACAAACACAGCUGAUUUCUAUAAGAAGGUUGAUUUGUAGUCCUUAUUGUGAGAAAAUACAGUUUAUGAUGAAUUGUGGUAGUGAAAUCUAACACUCAGCACAAUUGAUGAAGGGUCACCAAUAGAUUUGUUCAAUUUUUGAUAUACAGAACAGCUGACUUAAAACAAAUAAAUAUGGAAAGUUGCUUACAAACAUAUCAAGAAACAUGUUAUGAUUUUUUAAUAGAAUCAUCAGCUACAUUAAAUUUAUGAACAAUUUUAUCAAUAUAUGAUUGUAAUAAAAAAAUAAUGUUUUAACAAAUGGCUCCUAACUUAUUUUGUUGAGUGUAUUCAUUACAACCAAAAUGUACAUGUUUGUAUUAAUGUACAAUUUACUGUAGGACUUGGUGUAUAUUGUAAGAAGCACAAUGUGUCUUAUCUGGUUAACAGUAACACUAAAUUACGUGAACUUGUAGUAAUUUAUGUUAACUUGCAGUAGUUAGCUUUACACUGUGUAUUGUUAAGAAAGUUAAUGCAUAUUAUUAUAAUAAACAUAUUUUUGCUAA